AUGGCUCCAACUAAAUCAACCCCAGCCUCAAAGGCUGGAAAAAGCCCAUCCAAGCCAAAGGAACCUAGAGAUUCCGAUUUGAAAAAGCAGCUCUUGUUCCUGUGGGCCUGCCAUAAGAUCUCAGGUGUUCAGGUUGAUGCCCCAGCCGUCGCUAGACACUUUGGCAUCACGAACCAUGCUGCUAGAAUGAGACUAGAUCGCCUGAGAAAGAAGCUUGAUGAAAUGGAAGCUUCCACCAGGAGUGAUGACGAUACUCGAGCGAUCAAGGACAAGGAUGAUGACUGCAAGGCUCAGACCAAGCAGACCGAAGUCGAUUCCGAGGACGAAUGUGACACGAUGAGUGAUUAA